AUGUUUUUCCCUCUUUGCGCGGCGGCGCUCUUUUUCCUUUCCUCGACGUCACUUUUGGAUUCCGCGGAAGGGAAUAAUUGGCCAGUGGCUCGAUUUACGAACGGCACGGUUGGGCUCCAAAACGAAGGAGGGAAAGUGAUGGUGAAUUCGAACGAACUUCACGUGGUCGGAGACCUCAUCGUAAAAGGGCAGCAUUUAAUUCCACCGAAGUGCAUGCCACCGGGCGGAGAUAAGUUGCAAUACAACGGCACGCAUUGGUUUUGCGUGUGCGCGGAGAACUGGUCGGGGGAGACUAUGUUUGAAAAAGAAAGCACUGGAAAGUGCGAGUGCACGUACGAUUCGCCGUGCGGGAUAUAUACGAACGGUGGAAUUAGCGAAUGGGAUGUAUCCAAGGUGACCGAAAUGCUGUCGUUAUUUGCAGCUAAAUAUACUUUCAAUGAAAAUAUAUCAAGUUGGGACACGUCGCAAGUGACGACUAUGCAAUCUAUGUUUAAUUCCGCUUCUGCGUUCAACCAAGACAUUGGGAGUUGGAACACAGAAAAAGUGAGUACUAUGUCUGCUAUGUUUUCUUACGCUCGUGCGUUCAACCAAGACAUUGGGAGUUGGAAUACAGAAAAAGUGACUGAUAUGCGAAUGAUGUUUUAUUAUGCUUCUGCGUUCAACCAAGACAUUAGGGGUUGGUACACGUCGCAAGUGACUGAUAUGCAAUCUAUGUUUUAUGUCGCUUCUGCGUUCAACCAAGACAUUGGGAGUUGGAACACAGAAAAAGUGACUGAUAUGAGGUAUAUGUUUGCUUACGCUUCUGCGUUCAACCAAAACAUUGGGAGUUGGAAUACAGAAAAAGUGACUGAUAUGCAAUAUAUGUUUCGUUCCGCUUCUGCGUUCAACCAAGACAUUGGGGGUUGGUACACACCGCUAGUGACUAAUAUGCAAGGUAUGUUUUAUUCCGCUUCUGCGUUCAACCAAGACAUUGGGAGUUGGAACACAGCGCAAGUGUAUACUAUGAGAGAGAUGUUUGUUUACGCUUAUGCGUUCAACCAAGACCUCCGCAAUUGGAAUCCCCCAAGUAAUUGCAACUUUAAUAAUAUGUGCAGUGGUGCAACUCUUCAUAACAAGGCGUGGACAUGCCCAUCGGGUCCAAGAUCGUGUUACGCCCCAGCGUUCACCAGUGAUUACGCGUUAGUUUUGGCCGUUCAACAGUGCUUCACGGAAUCGAGCGACGGGGAUUGCUCGUGCUCGACGACGUCGUGCGGUACGGCAGCGCAACACAUUUCAAAAUGGAACACCUCCGGCAUCACACUGAUGAAUAAUUUGUUCAAAGAUAAAACGACGUUUAAUCAAGACAUAAGCGGGUGGGAGACCGCAUCGGUGACGCGCAUGGACGGUUUGUUUCACAACGCGAAUUCGUUCAACCAGAACAUUUCGAGGUGGGAUGUCGCUCAAGUUCGCGAUCUUCACGACAUGUUCAACGGGGCGUCGUCUUUCGACCACGAUAUUUCCGGAUGGGUUCUCCCAGAUAAUCCAACGUCCACGGACAUGUUCUUAAACGCGGACGCGUUCAACGCUAAAUUUACGUGUACCGGCGGCGUUAAUGGACCGCCAUCGACGUGUUCGCCGAAAUAG